AUGUGCCGAUUGGAGAGCGCCGCGGGGCCGUCGCCCACGCGUGAACUGAUAGUGGGUGCCAGACACCGCUUAAAGGCAUCAACAUGCGUAAUUAGGUUGAGUCCCUCUCAUGCGAAGCGCGCAACACCCUUCUCAAGCCCGGCAAGAGCGGACCGCAUGAAUCCUGCCGCAUGCAACGGCAUCGUGGACUUGGGGCCGGCCUAUGCUUCUCUAUUGUAG